AUUUUGUUGAAUGGAGUUCAGGUGUUUCCUCCCAGUUUCCCUGCAGCCACUUUUCACAUGCAAGGACUUCUGAAGGGCUCUGAAAUGUCAUCUACAGUGAAACAAGCAGUUUCAGAGCUCUCUGUACCAGUGCCAUGGGGGGAGAUCAGAGGGAAAGUCUGGGGUCCUGAUCACGGUCAUCCUGUGCUGUGCCUGCACGGCUGGGCUGAUAACUGCGGCACAUUCAACAGCUUGAUUCCUCUGCUUCCUGAAGAGUGCAGGUAUGUGGCCGUGGACAUGGCAGGUCACGGUCUGUCAUCACAUCGUCCUCCUGGAGUCUUCUACACGUUUCCUGCAUAUGUGGUAGAUGUGCACAGAAUCAUCAACGAUCUUGGCUGGACGAAGUUCUCCAUCAUUGGACAUAGUAUGGGCAGCAACGUUGCAGCCAUGUUCAGCGCUUUGUUUCCCAAGAUGGUGGAUGCCCUUGUGCUGCUGGACUUUCCUGGAUUUCUACCUACGCUUGCAAGCGACAUCCCCAAAAUAAUGAAGCAGGGGAUAGAGGAGAUGCUGCAGUUUGAAAAAAAGAAACAAGAGAACAAACGAGUUUAUACAUAUGAGAAGGCAGCGGAGAGGCUUAUGGCUGCGAAUCCGACUCUGUCUGAGGUGUCUGUGCGCACGCUUUUAGAGCGAGGUCUAACUCAAGUUGAAGGAGGAUUUGUGUUCUCCAGAGACCUGCGAGUUAAUUUCAAAAACAUAGUGCGGCUUACUCUGGAGCAGAGUCGGGAGAUGCAGUCAAGCAUUCAAGCUGCUGUUCUUCUUGUUCUAGCAGACAAAGGCAUUGAUGGAACAUUAAAUCCAAAUGAACAGAAACUCAUCUCGGAGCUUCUCCAAGGCUAUCAGGACAAAAAUCACACUGUGGUGACGGUGUCAGGAGAUCAUCACGUCCAUCUAAAUAACCCCGAAGUCGUCGCUCCACUAAUUUCUGACUUCCUGCAGACAAAAGUCCUCUCGCAGCCGGCCUAGCGGAAAGACGCACAACUUCUAACCGAAACGCACACAACACCAGCAACACUCUCUCAUUGUGAAAUUUCACACUUUAGGUAGCAACCCACUGUUCUCAUCUCUCUCAGGACGGUUUGACCAUAAAAUCCUUUUGGAUAAAUUUGUGUCCAUCCUGGUUUGAACACAAGAUCACUAGAAUUUUUGUUGUGUUGUUAAAUUGUGUUCAGCUGUUGUAAUAUCUCAUUGAAUUCUGUAUGCAUGCAAGCCUGUUUCUUAAUGUUCAGCUGCUUCCAGUAAAAAAAAAAAAAAAAAAAAAAUGUUUUCUUAUGUCAGACACUGAAAGCCUCACACAGACAAGAAUGAACUAAAGUCUUUUAUAAUGUCAUUAAAUCACCCUAAAUAAUGAGUCAAAACCA